AUGAGUCAACCAAGCGCGGACCCUGCCUCUAAUGGUCGAUUGAACACACAGGGCUCAACCCAGGAUGUACCUUCCUCCAACAGCUCGUCGCUCAGCAACACGCGCACACAACCAAUCUCUCGAGCCAACGACCCUUCACUUGAGGAAGAGUUUGAAACCGAGUCAAACUCUCCUUCCACUCUCUCUCGUACUUCGACACUUGUCUCCACGUCCCGCUUUUCACUCCUUUCGCGCUCUAAAAGCGAGAAACGUCCCUCCACAGGAAGCUCGUCAAACACGGCGGCGUCUGCCUCUACUUCUGGAAAACGGAGCUUGAUCAAGACUCUUUUCAAGCAACGUGACGAUAAACCGCGUUCAUCUGCAGACACGAAUCAGACCCUUUCGAGCGGCGACUCAGGGGUAGCUUCGUCGGAGGCAGGAUCCACAGACACGGCCAAGCCGGAGAAAGGCAAACCUCGCGAUCCUGUAAAGACUGUUCCAAGUGGAAAGCCACCUGCUACAAACUUUGCGGAUCUCGCUUACCGCUAUGGAUCCCCUGGAGGCCCUUCGUCAGGUAGAAGACUUUAG